AUGACUAAACAAAAUAAUGUAGUGGUCACACCUGAAGUUAAGUCAUGUAUUAACACGCUUAUCUCCACCGUGGUUUUGCCUAGUGCCGCAACCGCGCCGGAAUCUAUGGCGGUGAUUGGUGGUUUUUUGGGUUUCUCUAGUAAUCAUUUUAUCAAGAGAUUGGAAGGUAGUAAUGUUAAUGGUUGGAUUGAUUCAAUGAGAGCUGCUUCUCCAACUCGUGUCAAAUCUUCGGACAAUUAUCAAGAAAAAUGUUCAUGGAUUCUUUAUCAUCCUUCAGCGCUAAAAUUAUUUGAUCAAAUAUUGUUUAGUUCUAAAGGAAAACAGAUUGUGUUUUUUCUAGACUACGAUGGAACUCUUUCUCCUAUUGUUGCUGAUCCAGAUAAAGCUUUCAUGACUAGAAAGAUGAGAGGAACACUUAGGGAUGUAGCAAAACAUUUCCCUACAGCAAUUGUGACCGGAAGGUGCAGAGACAAGGUAUUUAACUUCGUAAAAUUAGCAGAGUUGUACUAUGCAGCAAGCCAUGGUAUGGACAUCAUGGGACCAACAAAAAAUCAAAGUGCUGAAAAAUGUAUAAGUGAUAGUAACAAACCAGUUUUGUUCCAACCUGCAAGUCAAUUUUUACCGAUGAUCGACGAGGUGUAUAAAAUUUUGUUAGAAAAAACAAAAUCUGUCUCCGGAGCUAUGGUAGAGAACAACAAAUAUUGCUUAUCCGUGCACUUCCGUUGUGUCGACGAAAAGAGUUGGGCUCCUUUGGCUGAGAAAGUAAGAUUGGUACUGAAUGAAUAUCCAAAACUUAGGCUAACACAAGGAAGAAAAGUGUUGGAGAUUCGUCCCACUAUCAAAUGGGACAAAGGAAAAGCUCUUGAGUUUUUGUUGGAAUCUUUAGGAUAUGAGAAUUCUAAUGAUGUGUUCCCAAUCUACAUCGGUGAUGAUCGAACCGAUGAGGAUGCUUUUAAGGUUUUGAGAAGAAGGGGUCAAGGGGUUGGGAUUCUUGUUUCUAGUGUUCCAAAAGAAACAGAUGCUUCCUACACACUGCAAGAUCCAUCAGAGGUUGAGAAUUUUUUGCGGCGAUUGGUGGAAUGGAAAAGAUUGAACCCCACAAGUGCAUAG